UUUUUGAGCAUCGUCUUCACCUACCUCUAGUUAAGUCCAGGAAGAAAGAAGGAAUUAUUGAAGAACGUGUAUUAUAGCGAUAAAUAGUUUAAUUUAUAUAUAAUGUCAUUUAAUUAAUCAUCCCAUACGUAUAUUAAAGUAAACACUACAACAAAUUAAUAGGUACCUUCAGUACAAUUACGUAGGUAUCUAUCUACUUCACUUUCUUAUUAUUUUGUUAUAAUGUCUAUAAAAAUGCAAAUUGAAAAGAAAAAGACGCAGGAAGAGAUGCGUCGUUUAAUGGCAGAACGUAAAAAGAAGGACACUAAAUCAACUAAAAUAGACAAUCCGCUGGCUAAAUAUAAUAACGCAGGACAUCUUACCUGCAUCCUUUGCAGUUCAGUGGUUAGAUCCGAAAAUGUUUGGACUGUACAUGUGAACAGUAAACAGCAUAGGGAAAAUGUUGAAAAAGCAAAGAAAUUGAAAGAAUUAACAAACAAUUUUACAGUAAGGAAAAUUAAACACAAAAGUGGUAGUCCACCCAAAGAUGUGCCACCCGAAAAAAAGAUAAAAGGCAUAUUGAAAAAUGCAACUCAACCAACACCAAUAGUUGAAAUAAAACCAAAGAAUAAUGCUCCACAGAUUAUAUCUUACCACAAUGAAGAAAUAAAAAGAUUACCUCUUAAUAAUGUUGUUCAACCUACAACAAGUAAAUCAGAUGAGAUAUCAAGAGUCACUGAUGAAAUAGAUACAAAGGUACUUCAAACAGACCAGCCUAUACCUGAAGGAUUUUUUGAUGAUCCAAUACUGGAUGCUAAGGUAAGAAAUAUUGAAUAUAAAGAUCCAGUUGAAGAAGAAUGGGAAAAAUUCCAAAAAGAAAUAAAGGAAGAAGCUACUGCUUCUGCAGAAAUAAUAGCAGGCGAACAAGAAGAAGCAACGGCAGAACGUCAAAUUGAUGAAAUAGAUGAACAGAUGCGCAACUGGUCCAGAGUUUUGGAUCUUGAAUUAAAAAAAGAAGAAACCAAGAAGAAGAAAAUGGAUAUGGAGCGAAUGAGUGAAGACGAUAUUGAUGAGUCUAGUAAUGAAGACGACAUUGAUGAAUUUUUAGAUUGGCGAGCUAAAAAAUCUUACAUUUAACCUAUUGUUAUUAUAUCUGUAAUGUAUUUCAGGUACUUACCUAAUAUAUUUUCAUACAUGCGAAA